AUGGUAUCACAACCCGAUUUCUGUUGGAAUGUCAGCAAGUUUACCACAUCGUCACAGGAAGAUAGAACAGAUGACUCAGACUACGUAAAGAAAAUCUAUGGGGGGUAUUUCGGGGUUUUCUUACGAAUGCUGGAGGAAGAAGGUGAAACAUGGGAUAUGUUCCGAGUAUCGAAUGGGGAAUUUCCAGAAGAUGAAAAGGUCGGAGAAUACGACGGAUUUGUGAUCACAGGAAGCUGUAAUGACGCUCAUGGCAAUGAUCUUUGGAUCCGUAAACUCUUGAAUUUGCUCAAGAAAUUGAAUGGAAUGAAAAAGAAAGUUUUGGGUAUUUGCUUUGGUCAUCAGAUAUUGGGACGAGCUUUGGGAGGAAAGAUUGGACGAGCAAGUUCAGGUUGGGAUAUCGGAAUCACAAAUAUCUAUUUACAACCAUCGAAGACCUUCUCUUCUCUAAAAAUGCCUGCUUCCCUAUCUAUCAUUGAGUGCCACAGAGAUGAGGUUUGGGAGCUACCUCCAAAAGCAGAGGUGAUCGCAUGGUCAAACAAAACUGGAAUUGAAAUGUUCCGGUAUGGAGACCAUUUUAUGGGCAUUCAAGGUCACCCUGAGUACACUAAGGACAUCCUGUUGCACCUCAUUGACCGGCUUCUCCACCGCGAUUUCAUUGAGGAGUCUCUUGCUGAAGAAGCCAAGUCUAAGUUGGAGGCUAAUCAGCCAGACAAAGAGGCAUGGAAGAAACUUUGCAUUGGCUUCCUCAAAGGGAGAUUGUGA